ACACACACACACACACACACACACACACACACACACACACACACACACACACACACACACACACACACACACACACACACACACACACACACACACACACACACACACAUUUUAGACCCGAACCAACACAGAUGUAACUUGUUCAUUUUUGAGACCUUUUGAAUUUACUAAAAUUGUGAAAAUUGAUUUUGCUGCAUUUAAAUAGGUGUGUCUGAGGAUCAGAUGAAGCCUCGUUCCAGGACAAAAGAGGAAAGUGUACUUUUUACACAGUUAAACUUGAAAACGGGUCAAUUUUGACCCUAACACAACAGAAGGGUUAAAAGAAACCUGAAAAACGUGAACUUAUGAUAAAUCUGGUUGCAUUUGUGAUACUGUUGGAUUUACUAUAUAUCUGUUGACUCAGUAAUCUUAUUAAAGCAGAGUACAUAGGAUAAGCAUAUGUGUGACACUGCCCUAUUUUGCCCAGCUGUGUGCAGCAGGUCUGUUUCUCUUGUAGAAUAAUGAAAACUGGUGAAAAUAGGUCGAAAUCAUAAUCAGCUUUGCAUUAAAUGUUGAUUAAAUUAUUUAACCACAUUAAAACAGAUGAUGAGAUGUGUGUUUACUUGCAAACAGCCUUAACCUAUGAAAGUGAAGAUAUAAAAUAUAGUAAUAAGAUAGUCCCAAUGCUUAAGAGCAAAUAUAUAUAAAGUCAAUUUAACAGUGUGACAAAUGCAACAAGAUUUAUUUCAAGUACAGAUUUGGCAUUUUUCAGGUUCUUUUAUGAAAGUAACUGAAACUAGUUUGUUGCAAAACACGACAGAAUAGUUAUUAUAGCGCCAAGUUCACGUUUUCUUCAACAACUCCUCAAGAUCUGGGUGCAGAAAAAUGCUGCAGCGAAGGAAGAUGUUUGCUGUUACAUGAAAUUGCCAAUCGUAGGAGAGCCCUUCCAGCCAAACAGGAGAGAGAAAGGCGGGGCCUUCCUUGGACAUCCUAUGAUUUGAAAUGACGCGGCCGGGCCGUCGCAUCUCUUGGUCAGUUUCCCCCUCCCAGAAUUUACCCUGAAGUUUCAACAAAUGCCCUUUCAUUCCAUUCAUUCCCAUCAGAGACCACUGCAGAUGUAUUAAAUAUACGUAAAGUUCAUCUUUAAAAAGUACUCCAUAAUAAAAAAAAAGGGGGGAGAUAUUUUUGUCAAGUUAUAAAAGUUCUCUGGUCUCACAUAAAGUGAUCUCACCAGUUUUAUUCUUGACAGUUUCAGUACCCUCCAGAAUGAGCCGUUUCAGGACUCUGGCACUUUAAUGCUAAUAAGCUGUUGCUGGCCAUGCCCACUCAGAGCUCCAUACAUUACGUAGGCGCCAUGCUGGCAGGCAUCGAUGUAAACGAAAUGAAUGGGACCGGCAUGGAUUUUACUCCGUCGGAUUUUACUUCGCAUUUUAAAAUCGAAGAUAUGGUUUUAUGUACUCGGAAAUUAAAUAGACUAAACAUCUCCCAUCCUUACCGUGCCCCUGGGAUACUUUUUAAAACUCCAGAAGCUGUCGGAGCGGACCUUUCACCGGAUUUGAGAUACCCUGACUUUUACAAUUUCCUGAUUAGUUUCCCCUCGUCCGACUCCGAAGCAUUGCUAAGAACAUACAAAAGCCAGGAGGGAUACAAAAGGAAAAAAUCGGGGUUACGUAAACAGCAGCAUGCAGAAAUCAUAAAGGAUUAGGCAAAGUUUCACGUGAUAUUUACUUGUUGCUAUGAGAAGCAAGACAGAAAAAGUCAUGUCCAAAUAAGUUUAGGAAGCCCACUAAGAAUCGUAAUAAAAGCAUUUAAAAUAAAUACCAUGUACAAUUGAGGAAACGUUGGUUUAACUACCUGAUAUGAAGUGGUCGCUGCUUAUGCAAAAGCCUUUGCUCCCGGGAUCCCACAGUUUCAUUUUAGCCCGGUCACUAACGCGCUUUAUUGCGAUGAUCCAGUGUUUGUUGUGUUCUAGAUCUUGGGGAUUUCAGCUCUUCCCUUAUCUCGUCCGUGUCUGUUAUGGCAUCCUGGGGCACAACAGGUAUCUAUCAUAUUUCCCGUUUCCCAUUUUUCUGCAAAUGACAAUAGCUUAACUGCGGGCGACUGCCUGCCAAGAUGGCACCGUUCGAUUUGAACUGCUGCAUGCAGGGAGAAACGACGUCAACUCCAGGAGCUCAGUUGGCUGCGGUGGGGUGAGGAACUCAAAUAUCUGGGAACGUUAAAGCUGCUGCUCCUCCAGCGUCAAAAGGGGGCGGGGAUCUAUGCUAAUGUUCCUUAUUAUGACAUCACAAUAGGGGAGAUAAAUGAUUCCUGACACCAAACACUGACAGAAAACAGUUUUUUUUUUCAGGUUUGGAGUGUUAAAAGAUUAGAGACCCACAAAAGGAUGGAAAAGGGGAAAUUUGUAUAAUAAGUCCCAUUCCAGCUUCCAUUUCUCUUCAGUUUGUUAAAAAUUAUGGACAUUUAUUGCUACGGGAUCAUAAAGCAGUUCCUGCAUCCUAGGUUUCAAAGGCAGACAAGUUUUUCCCGGCAACGCUGUUUGUAAUAGAUAAAACUAAAAGUGACUCAUAAAAGGAUAAUUCAGCAGGUGGGUGGAGAGAAGCAUGAAGGGAAGUGGUGAGGAUGCUCUACAGACGCUGCAGCAUUCUGGCUCCUCAUUUCUCCUCAGCUAAAGAUCAGACAACAGCACUGCUGGUUUCCUGACCUGCACUCCACUUCUCAAUCCCGUCACUCAGGAGCGACGCACCUGGGAAAUGCAGUUUCCAUGAUGGUGAAUUAGUGUGUCGCUUCAUUCAUCACUGAGCGGAAAAAAGGAACCCAUUCAACUUCUAAAUUGGAGGAAGGACCAUUGAACUUCCCUCUGAUCAAGAUCUGAGUCCAGGAGAUGUCGGCAUUUACGCUCAACAGAGGAGAAACGCAAACCUCCAAAACCUCCAAGGAUCAUAAAAAGCCCACAGCAGAGGCACUGAAAGGAGCCAUCCAGCUGGGUAUCGGGUACGCUGUGGGAAACCUCAGCUCCAAACCUGACAGAGAUGUUCUUAUGCAGGACUUCUCAGUGCUGGAGACCGUCUUCCUGCCCAGUGAGGGCAGCAGCCUGACUCCAGCUCAUCGCUUCCCAGAUUUCCGUCUGAAAACCUAUGCGCCGCUGGCUUUCCGGUACUUCAGAGAGCUGUUUGGAAUCAAACCGGACGACUAUCUGUACUCCAUCUGUAAAGAGCCACUGAUAGAGCUGUCCAACCCUGGAGCCAGCAGUUCCUGGUUCUACCUCACCAGUGACGACGAGUUCAUCAUCAAGACGGUGCAGCAUAAAGAGGCUGAGUUUCUGCAGAAGCUGCUCCCUGGUUACUACAUGAACCUGAAUCAGAACCCGAGGACGCUGUUGCCCAAGUUUUACGGACUUUACUGCAUCCAGUGCGGUGGUGUCACUGUCCGUGUGGUGGUGAUGAACAACAUCCUGCCACGAGCCAUGCAGAUGCACUACAAGUACGACCUGAAGGGUUCGUCGUAUAAACGUCGCGCCUCGCGUAAGGAACGUGCCAAAGCCUCGCCCACGUUCAAAGACCUGGACUUCCAGGAGAUGCACGAAGGGCUUUUCUUUGAUGCGGACACCUACAGCGCCCUGAUGAAGACGCUGCAGAGAGACUGCCGGGCAAGUUCUUUUAGAUAUUUAUCAUUCUAGGAAAAAAAUGUUUCAUGUAAAUAGUAAAAAUGGGGUUCUGUAGGAGAGCAGGGGAAUGAUGAUGGGUGAGGAGGUCCACAGGUGGAUGAACCCACUAGUCGAGAUGCCGUCAUUGUACUGGGGGUGCACCUUGGUGCUUCCAGUUCCACCAUAUGUGGAUCACAAGAUGGCUGUUUUCUCCAGGAGAUGCCCAAAAUAACAAUAACUGAGGCACGUUAGCUCCUGGAAGUUAUGCCCACAUAAGGAGGACGCGUAGCCAGCUGAUUACGGUGCAGCUACAUUAGGAGAGGAGAACUUCAGCCGGUAAAUGCUGAACGUCUCUCCGUGGGUGAACGUGUGUGGCGGUAGGUUAGGGUAAACCAACCGGGGCCCGUAUCAGCUAAGCUGAAUGCAACUGUUACUGUUUCGGUUUCUCAUCACUUCUUUUACUCCUCCUUUAUCUUAGUUUCAGCAUAGUUGCUUUUAGAGGGAGAUUUUUGUUUGAGGUUAGCCGUUAUUGCUGUCCCUGGGAGGAUAUUUGUUUGUUUGGGUGGUUUAUUCACGGUGGGGCGGGUGUGAAUGAGCUUUGAUUACAGGGAGCACGAGGGCUUUCGCUUUAGCUCACCGUACUUUGUGUUGGCUCUUCUGCUAGCAGCUUGUGCUUUUAACCCAUCGACAUAUAUACUGGACAAUUCGUGUCCAUAGGCUCCAAUAAUAAGUUUUUAAGCCAAAAUGGGAGGUGGCCACCACCGCCAUUUUGACCAAGCCCUGACAAUUCCACAAAAGGGAAGAGAGGUGGAGCUGAGGGUGGGGCUGUAAGGCUGGGAUCAAAUGACGACACCCGUCAAACUGAAGCGAUGUAGCUACAAGCUAACCCAAAGCUAACGCGGAGGUGGGAGCUAAGCUAACGGAGGUAGCUACCUAGCUACAACCGGAGUUAACUGUGCACAACACCGGAGCUUCUGCAUCAGAGAUGCACCGGGCUGACCGCUGGGUAAAACCGGGUGGAACACAGAGGUUUCCUGAGAGCUCCACAAGCCGGCAGCCGCGCAGCAGACAGGCGCCGAGCUGCGGGGAGGGGACCACACCGAUGGUCGGAACCCAACUCCACCAACAUGUUAUACUUCAACCCAUCUUCAAAAAUGCAGUGUUAUGUUAAAUGCACUGGAUUUUACCCAAUUACAUUUAAAUUUCAUGGUUAAACAGUACAUGUUGAAUAAACAAAAUGAGAAUCCGCACACUUCAAUCUGCGAUGUAGGAGUUUAAUUAUUCAGAAUUUUAGGCUUUUAAUACACUUAAACAGAAGAGUGAGAAAAACAUUCACCCCCCUCAGAGUUGUCAUGAGUGUAAACUAGAUCAUUUAAACUUAAAACAUGUUUUGGUACCAGGCUGUAAACAUGUUUAUUUCUGCUGUGAAAUUGGUAUUUUUAACAUGGGAGUCAAUGAGGAUUUGCUCGCUUCUGACACCAGCCCCUAGUGGAUGAGGGUGGAACUGCAAUUUGUUUCACUUCCGCGUUGGCUUCAAUUUCAGACCAGUAUUAUGGGAGCUUGUUUUAAACCCUGAUUAACUGGUGUUGUGUGUGGAUGCCUGGGUGCCCUGGGUCAGCUCUCCUCCUUUUAGGGUUUAGUUUUAGUAGAUUUUUAGUGAUCUUUUAAUCUCUUUUACUAGUGAACCUCUUUUCUAUGUUUUUGUGGUUAUUGAUUUACUUUUUUGAUGUCGGUAAAAUGAUUGUUAAUUUGUUAGCAUGACUCUGCUGUUGUUCUUUAGUUUUACUGUUGGUUUAGGAUAAAGGCAUCCUCCCGGCUAAGCCCCGGGUCAGGGACUCUCAGUUCUUAAAGGGUCUUCUGGACUGCUCCUUAUUAGACAGCAGGUGUGGGAGUACUCAGGCCCAAAGUCAAAGAGAAAUCACAUGGGGCAAAUGUUUCCUAUUAGCAAAUUCCUGUCCCUGUAUUUAUAUAAAACUUGUUAAAAAAAAGUUUCACAACAAGAAAUGAUGUCUGUUGCUCUGUAGAUUGUCAUUCAGAUUAGAAGAAGCAACAGCUGCUGCCUGUCCCCCACACCCACACCCACACACCCUAACCAAACACUCAAAGAAAUUGAGUUUCAGUCGUACUUGCUUGGUUUUCCAAUCAACUUCCCAUUUCAGUUCCAGGACCGCUCCCAGCUGUUUUCUAAGCCGAUCAUCGCUGCACGGUUCCUGAUAACAUUACGUAACGGCGUCAGACCAGUCCACCGCACAGAGCCCCGGUCGCUCACGCUCUGCUGGGUUCCACAGACAUACUAAUAUUAUUGUAGCAUACCAAAAGGCCGAGUAUUUCAUCAAAAUGACCAGAAGUUAACUUUUAACUUACAGGUCGGUCUGACACCGUGGUGCCGAUAUGAAGAAAUGAACUCGAGCCAAUAUUCCUAACAUCGUACUUCAUGAGCUUCAAGGUUGCGAGAUGCAGGACUUUUUAUCUUUUACUCUCUGCAUAAAGCUUGUCUUUCUUGUCAUAAAUGACUUUAAAACUCCAUAUAAUCAUAUUCUGUUGAAUGAACAAUUUUUAAAAUCCAAAGUGUUUGAAUUAUGUGUCCUAUACACACAUUGCGGGUAAAAAUUAAUAUUUUACCUGUAAUGAUUUAUUUCAGACCUUAAGCUACACCAGAUCAGUAAUUGUUGAUUAGAAAUUUAAUCUUUCAGUAUGAACAAAAUAAUAUCAUAAUUUUAUUGUAAA